AUGCCGCUCUGUCUCACCUUCAUCGACUUAAAGGAGGCCUUCGACUCAGUUGAGACGGAAGCGGUCGUGGGAAGCCUUGGACAGCCAAGGCGUCCCUACUCAGUACUAGUAAAGGUACUUGGAGAGUUGUACAGUAACUUCACGACCGGAAUUUCGCCGUUAUACAAGAAUAUCAUCAUUGACGUGAAGAGGGGCGUCCGACAGGGUGAUACAAUCUCACCCAAAAUGUUCACAGCCACCGUCGAGAACGCAAUGCGAAAGUUGGAAUGGGACGACAUGGGAGUGAAGGUUGAGCAGGACACGUGA